AGCCGAAGAUGUCGGCUCGGUCAUGUGAUCAGCUGUGUCCAAUCACAGCUGAUCACAUCGGACAUGUACAUUGAUCAUCAGAGCACUGAUGAUCAGUGUGCCCUGAUGAUCAGUGUGGCCCCAGAAGUGCCACCUGUCAGUGCUCAUCAGUGCCACGUGCCAGUGCCCAUCAGUGCCACGUGCCAGUGCCCAUCAGUGCCACAUCAAUGCCACAUAUCAGUGCAUACCAGUGCACAUCAAUGCCACAUAUCAGUGCCCAUCUGAGCUGCCUUUCAAUGUCACUCAUCAGUGCCAGUCAGUGCCACCUAUCAAUGCUAAUCAGUGUCGCCUAUCAGUGCGCAUCAGUG